GUCAGAAUGGGACAUUGAGAUUACGAAACCCUAAACAGAGCGCAAAAUUUGGGCGCAACGAAGAUUCACCACUCGCUCCACCUCGUCGCGUGUGAUUUCUUGCUGUCUCAGACAGAUCGAAAUCAAAGGUCUUCUUCUUCACUUACAAAGAGAUAGGUUUCCUUGAUACAACAGCUGCUGAAGUAAAUAAGGUUUCAUCAUGGACAUAGAUCUGAGGUUACCUUCUGGCGAACAUGACAAGGAAGAGGAAGUCCAAACUGGUAUUGAUCACAUGUUGGAUGCUGAAGAAAAACUGCCACUGCAUAAUGGUGAUCUAGAGAGUGGAGGCAUUAGGGUUGUUGGAGAUGACCUACGUACUGAAGAUGGGGAUGCUAAUUCUCCAACAGCUGAUGCAUUAGUGUUUAAAGAGGAUACAAAUCUUGAGCCACUUUCGGGUAUGGAGUUUGAAUCACAUGGGGAAGCUUAUUCUUUCUAUCAAGAAUAUGCACGGUCUAUGGGAUUCAACACUGCUAUACAAAAUAGUCGUCGUUCAAAAACAUCAAGAGAAUUCAUUGAUGCAAAAUUUGCUUGUUCUAGAUAUGGGACCAAGCGAGAGUAUGACAAGUCAUACAAUCGACCACGUGCUAGGCAAAGUAAGCAAGAUCAGGAAAAUGCUACUGGUAGACGAUCAUGUUCAAAAACAGACUGUAAAGCAAGCAUGCACGUGAAAAGAAGGCCAGAUGGAAAAUGGGUGAUACACAGUUUUGUGAAGGAGCAUAACCAUGAGCUUUUGCCUGCCCAAGCAGUGAGUGAACAAACCAGAAAGAUGUAUGCUGCAAUGGCUAGACAGUUUGCUGAAUAUAAGAAUGUGGUAGGUUUGAAAAAUGAUCCCAAAAAUCCAUUUGAUAAAGGUCGGACUCUGGCAUUAGAAGUAGCAGACACCAAGAUUUUGCUGGAUUUUUUUACACAGAUGCAGAAUAUCAACUCCAACUUCUUCUGUGCAGUAGAUGUGGGUGAAGAUCAGCGGCUGAAGAAUUUGUUUUGGGCUGAUGCCAAAAGUAGGCAUGAUUAUAGUAAUUUCUGUGAUGUUGUUUCUUUCGAUACUACCUAUGUUAGAAACAAAUAUAAAAUGCCUCUAGCUCUAUUUGUUGGUGUGAACCAACACUAUCAAUUCACGUUACUUGGGUGUGCAUUGAUAUUGGAUGAAAGUGCAAUGACAUUCUCUUGGCUAUUGCAGACUUGGUUGAAAGCAAUGGGUGGACAAGGCCCAAAAGUUAUAAUCACUGAUCAAGAUAAGACCUUGAAAUCAAUUGUUUCAGAGGUUUUUCCUGAUGCUUGUCAUUGCUUUUGUUUGUGGCAUGUAUUGGCAAAGGUUUCUGAAAAUUUGGGUCAUGUAAUCAAACAACAUGAAAACUUUAUGGCAAAAUUUGAAAAAUGUAUCUAUAGGUCAUGGACAGAAGAAGAGUUUGGGAGAAGGUGGUGGAAACUUCUUGAGAGAUUUGAACUCAGGGAAGAUGAAUGGAUGCAAUCAUUAUAUGAAGACUGUAAACAAUGGGUGCCAACCUACAUGAGAGAUACCUUUUUGGCUGGGAUGUCCACUGUUCAACGAACUGAGAGUGUAAACUCCUUUUUUGAUAAAUAUGUGCAUAAGAAGACCACUGUGCAAGAGUUUGUGAAACUUUACGAAACUAUUGUGCAAGACAGGUACGAAGAGGAAGCCAAAGCAGAUUCUGAUACAUGGAACAAACAACCUACAUUAAAAUCUCCAUCACCGUUUGAGAAGAGUGUUUCAGGGGUGUACACUCAUGCAGUUUUCAAGAAAUUUCAAGUUGAGGUUCUGGGGGCUGUGGCUUGUCAUCCUAAACAGGAAAGUCAGGAUGAAACAAGCAUUAUUUAUAGAGUUCAAGAUUUUGAAAAGAAUCAAGACUUUGUUGUUACGUGGAAUCAAAUUAAGUCAGAGGUUUUUUGUCUAUGCCGAUUAUUUGAAUAUAAAGGUUAUCUGUGUAGACAUGCAUUGAUUGUUCUUCAAAUUCGUGGCCUUUCUUCCAUCCCAUCUCAAUAUCUUUUGAAACGAUGGACAAAAGAGGCUAAGAGCAGGCAAUUUUUGGCAGAGGAACCUGAUCAGGUGCAAUCUAGACUUCAAAGGUACAAUGAUUUAUGUUUGCGUGCAAUGAAAUUGAGUGAAGAGGCAUCACUGUCUCAAGAGAGUUACAGCAUUGCAUUUCGUGCAUUAGAAGAAGCUUUUGGAAACUGUGUUAGUGUAAAUACUUCUAGUAAGAGUCUCGUGGAAGCUGUUGCAUCACCAACUCAUGGUCUGAUAUGCAUUGAAGAAGAUAACCAAAGUAGAAGUAUGAGCAAGACAAAUAAAAGAAAGAAUCCAACAAAGAAAAGAAAGGUGAAUUCAGAGCAGGAGGUUAUGGCUGUAGGGGCACAAGACAGCUUGCCGCAUAUGGACAAAUUAAGUGCAAGAGCGGUAACCCUGGAUGGCUAUUAUGGCACGCAACAGAGUGUAUCUGGAAUGGUACAGCUUAACCUAAUGGCGCCAACACGUGAUAAUUACUAUGGGAAUCAACAGACCAUUCAGGGGCUGGGACAGUUGAACACAAUUGCACCAAGCCAUGAUGGUUACUACAGCGCACAGCAGGGCAUGCAUGGGCUGGGACAAAUGGAUUUCUUCCGGGCACAAACUGGUUUUGCCUAUGGUAUUCGUGAUGAUCCUAGCGUGAGACCAACGCAGCUGCAUGAUGAUGCAUCAAGACAUGCAUAAAAAGCACUUCCUUGUUAAGGUAGAAUGGAAGAAUUUAAACUCCUUGAAAUGCAUUGUGGAUGGAAGGAUCAAACGAGAGAGAAGCACUGCACUGUGGACUGUAAGAUAAAAGAUAAUUGAAUAUGAUGCUGUUUUCAACUUCCAACAUCUCUGAUAAAGAUGUAGCGGUUGAAGGAACGAAUCUGGGUUAGGGCUAAUCAAUCUCUUACAAAGGUUGUUGUAAUAUUAUAUCUGUAAUGUCACAGGCGGCUUAACUAACUAAAUAACGCCUAAAUGGGAUCACUUAAAAUCAGGGAAAAAAUUUGUCCAUUUUGAUCAAAUUGCUGUUGUUUGGCAUUGCCUAUUACUGUGAUGAUUUUUAAAAGGCAGGACAUGAUUUUGCCAUUGCUUCA